AUGGCUGGUCCCGGUUGCUCGUCGUUAGCGGAGGUGGUCAAGCAAGUGGGGCAGCAGGAGCAAAGCCAAGCCUCCGAGAUCGGGAAAAGCCAGGCCGUCCUCGGACAGCUGCAGACUCACCUUCAGGACCUUGAGACCCAAAUAAAUCGGUUCAUAACAGAAACAAAGGCAGUAGAAAGGCAAAUUUUUCAUCAAGAUGAAGCCAUAACCGCUUCAAACCAGCACUGUGAAACUCUGCAGACUCAGAUCGCAACCUUGUGUGCUGAGAACUUAACGCUGAAGUUUGACACAGAAGCGCUGGAAGAGGAGUUUAAAAUGAUGAUGCUAAGAAACGAAGCCUACAGGAAAAACAUCAGAGCUCACAAAGGCCAGUUUGAGGAGACAGAAAACAAAUGGCCACUUAUGGUUGACGUUGCUAACAAAAGAGCCACCGUCAAAGGUCUGAUUGCCAAGAAGGAGGAAUUAAUGUCUGCUUUUGAGAAUCCCGAAGGAAAUGCUGCUGACUGUGUCCGGGAUGAAAUUGCAUGUUUAGAAACCGAAAUUAAUGUAUUGAAAGAAGCUGUCAGUCAAAAGGAAAAUGCGCUCCAAGAUGAAAACAAUAUUCAAGUUAGGCUACGAAAGGAAAUUGAGGUGGAGAAUAAAAGGUGUGGGGCUAUCCUAAAACGUUUGCGUUGCCAGGUGAAUAAACUGCAGGCCAGCCAAAGGCAGGCCCGGUGGAACGUGCAGCAGAUGGAAAACAGGGCAGCGGAGUUAAGGAAGCUCCUUGGACCGGGCGACUGA